AUGGCACACCGCUCAGCAUGCUGCCUUUACUUCCCCUUGAUAUCAACACCUUUGAUUUUCAAUGGAACAAUGCACCGAUACGUGUGCAGCACGGAGGAAACGUGCAACGGCACCGUAAUGCGGUUGUCAUUUCAUACACGGAAGUCAACGAAACUGUUCUCAAUACCAAAGAUACACAACAUUAGGUCUCAUUCCACGUUAUCUUCAAAGCAUCAGCACCCACUAAUAGAUGUACCAGUAGCCACCGAAAAAUUUCAAAUUUUUCCGCCGAUUUCCCAUCAGACUUUCCCAAAUAAACAGACAAACGAUUUCUAA